GUUGAACCAACAAUACUUUUGCUGUUGUUGAUUUUUUUUGUUUAAGGAGCUUCUUUUGAAAACAGGAUAUAUUUUGAUCUGUCCUUUGUGCCACAACGCUGCUCUUCUGUUCCAUCAUCAGUUGUCUCCGUCAUCUGAAUGAUCUGUGGAUGAUUAUUCCGCCGAGGCUGGUGUAAGGGCAAUAAGGCAGUCCACAGGCGCUGUGACCCCACGCUGAUGCCUCCUCAGCUAUGACAAAACCUUGCUGCUCAUCUUGGGCUGAGGGGGAGAAGGCGAGGUAAGUUGUGCCAGAGAGCAAGAGGACGAAAUAUACAGUCACGGUGAACCCAAAGAGGACAAAAAAGACCAAGAUCAAGUAAAUUCCAGCAUGUUUGCAGUGAGUCUUGGAUGCAGCUGCACUGAGACAGUCAGAUUAGAGAUUCACAACAUCAGCCCUCCUCUCUCUUGCCUUCUCUCUCCUCCCCUGCAGCUUUUGCACUUGUAGAGGACGACUACUGUGCACCCAGCUGCUGUCCUGGAUCUGUGUGAGGGUUCCAGUAGAGUGUGCACCGAACACAGCAGAGCCAAAACAACAGGAUCCCUCCACGCACACACACACUGAGCUCUAAAACCAUCGGUGGGAUUUGAACCGUUUGUGUGAGUGUGCACCUAAUAGAAAACACACCUCAUGGGACUUCUCUGGACUAUAAUCAGCUGACACACGCCUGGAGUAAUAUUUUAAGUAACACUGAGCAUCUUAUGUUGCCUUCUGGGAGGUUUUGCUGCACAUAAGGAGGAACCUAUUCUGACAAUCUUUAAGAGAGGAAAAAAAAAAAAGAUUAGUAUUGCUUGUGAGGACAUCAGGAGACUGGAGCUGCUCAUCUAUAAAAAGGAGUAACAAUUAGCAAAGUGGACUGAGCUGGCAGCAAAACAAUGCCUACUACAAAAAAAUAAAAGUUUCCUUUGAUCAGUGACGUUGAAAUCAGGAAGAUGAUCGACACAAGCUAGAGAAGUUUCCCAGAACAUUCUGUGCUGAGCGUAAGUUACACACUAAGGAAUUCCAACUCCAGGUGACUUUCCUUUCCUGCUUUCCUUCAAACCAUCUGGAUCCCAGCAAGUGUCACUUCCACGGAUUAUUCAUGAUCUUACUGCUGGGAUGUCACUUUACAAGUUCACUCGUAGGUAGCACGACUUUCUAAAUUGGAUUCCCUCCAAACCACCAGAUUUGGAUUUGUCUUCACCCGCCUCUGCUGUCUGCUGACGAUACAUGGCUUUGUGCAAGAUGACAUUUCCUGAAUUUUAAAAUUUCAGGCUAUGUGUGGAUUUGUUUCGAUACAGACAGACACAAACGCCAACACGCUGAUUGCCCGGGGCCGUGAUGUGUCUAUGCAUGUGAGCCUCCCGCUCACCAGGGUCUCAUUCAUUCCUAUUAGGAGCAUCAUUUUGAGGCAAGAGAUUGAUUUGCUUCACUCACUUAUUGAUGACAGUUUACUUCUGCAUUGGUUGCAGAGUGUUGUCAGUAACUGGUAAAUUAAUCAUUAUUUUUCUUCUUUCAGAGCAAAAAAACUGCUUUUCUCCUUGCUAAUACUAUUAAUUCUUUUAAUUAGCUAAAUGACUCAGAAAUCCUUUGCCAAAAAAGCUAACUAUUGUACGACCUUUAAUUUGGCCAAUCAGGUAAUUAAUGUUGAGCCACCAAAGACUUCAGCAUAAAACACACCCCGUUUAUAGCAUAAAAUCCAAGAUGGCCAUCUUCAUACACCCUCUCUUGGCGCCCAUUUCACUUGCCCUUCUGAUGAGUUUGACAUCUCUCGGUGGACUGAACUCUUUGCAGUCAGGUCAGGCUUUGGCUCAGGUCUCAAUCAACAACCAGACAACAGAACCUUCUUUUUCACCAGAGGCAAUACUGCCAACACCCACACCAGAUACAGAGGAUCAAACAAUACCAACUAGCGGGAACCGCUGCUGGGGUUACUAUGAUGUCAUGGGCCAAUGGGACCCGCCCUUCAAUUGUAACGCAGGUAUCUACAUGUUCUGUUGCGGUUCCUGCUUUUACCGCUUCUGCUGCCAGUUCAAAGUCCAUAGCUUGGACCAGACUUCCUGUUCCAACUACGACACACCGAUCUGGGCCAAUACAGGGAAACCAGUGGUACCCAUCACAGAGGUCCAGGAACAACCAGAUCGGGACCGGACCCACAUGAUCGUGUAUAUUAUCUGUGGAGUUGUGGCCAUCAUGGUGUUGGUUGGGAUUUUCACUAAGCUGGGUCUGGAGAAGAGUCAAGGGGGACAAACUGACAUGACCAACUCCAGGACUUUGACAGAGCUUUUGAAGCAGCCUGGGGAGGCAGGGGCCGUGGAUGGAGCAGGAGUUCACCACCCGAUAGGGACCAAUGGCAUCUCUGCCAGAGCGCUACGCUCCAACAAUGUUCUCUCAGAUCCUAACCAUCUGAAUAAUGCAGCUUUGUCUAACCUGGGACCGGCCAUGACCUUGUCUCACCCUCACAACAACCUGGGUAUCGGCUUCAAUAAAUACACCUCCCUGAAGCCCAUAGACACAAGAGACUACUACAAGAGUUACCCAAUGGUCGAUUACAUGCAUCGCCAGUCCCCUCCCACUUUCCAGCCAAUCAACUUCCAACCAAAGGACAAACCCUUUCUCCCACCUCCUGACAUCCACGCACCACUGGCUAUUACUAUCAAUGCCUCCCAGAUUCCCAAGCCGAAGAUCUCUAAGACCAACACUCAUCCACUGACCUCCAGCUCAGCGUUCAAAGCGUGGGACCCUAGUAAGAGCCACGCCCAGCAUCCGGCUGCCUCCCACAUGGUGCUUCAGGGACAGCCACACCACCCCAUCCAGCAACAGCAGCACCAGCUCCUGCACCAACAGAACAGCCGGCAUCAGGCCUUCACCAACAAAAGGCAAUUCAGCAUCGAGACAUUGCCCGAGCUGUUCUCACAGCCGCUUGGCUACGGCCACUCGUCACAUGUGCACCACAAGCACAAAGGACUGCCCACCAACAGCAAGACGGAGGUCACAGUCUGAAUGUGGCGGUGGUGUCGAAGAGCCACAAAUGAGACAAAAGAAGUUGAGCAUAACAGGUUUUUUACAGAAAUGCUCUGCUGUGACGCUGGCGAGUAAAUAUCGUGGAUGUUAUGCAUCGUUUGACUCCAUUUUCCUUCUCAGUGUUGAUAAAAAUAAUAAUCUGACUAUUCGUUGUGUAUUUUCAACACUACUGCAACAAAACAGCAGUAGAAAAGCGUGGCCAUGUUAAAAUAAAUGACUGGCCUCUUGGCGCAUUGGCAAACCUCUUUCUACUCCUCAGUCACCCCUCACACUUCGCCAACAGUCUGCACUCCAACACACAACUACGUGUUCAAAUCCCAGAAACACAAUCCUCCACUGAUCUACCAGAUACGCUCUGCCCAGUCUCUCAGAGAAGCUGUUUCCCCGAAGGCUUUUGGCCUACCAUCACCAGAAACAAUGCUAUGGUGUUGUCAGCUCCCAUUGCCCUCCAGCCUUCCAGAGAGUGAGAUAUCUGCCUGACAAUUAAUUUCAGGUUAGAACGGAAAGAGGGGGGGGGGGCAUGGGGGUAUUCAUUUCUUUCCAGAAGCAAAUGUGAUGAGAAGGAUGUCAAAAAGUACACACAGCAUAUGUUUCAAAAACUACAGAAGGUUGUCAGCAGUGUCAAGAGUCCACGCGAAAUCCCCACUGACACAUUAACAGAUUCGUACUCUUGUCUCUCCCCACAACGUGGAGAAUUAAUCUCCUCUGGGUUUCUCACAUCUCUUUGAGUUGCUAAUUCCAGCCGCCAUGUCCUCGUGUUGCUGUUGAUAUUUACUGUACCACUUACCGAACUCCAGCAAGUGUCCCAAUGCCAAGAAAAAGAAAAAACAUGUAUCAAGAAACGUUACAAAGUCAGGACACUCUCCUGGUUUAGAAAUGGUCAGACAUUUGGAUGUGCCAGGGGUCAAAGAGGGUAGUGUUUGAAGACACAAGAGAUGACGCACAUUCAACAGUCAG